AUGAAAAUGAACCCUUGUACUGUUAUCCUCUGUAAGUCGUUAUUUUUCUUUUGCCUUUUUCAGGUUGACUGCUACUGUAAUCGUAAGAAUAUUCAAAAUCAAUCAUCUCGCAUCGCAACAAAAAUAAAACGAAGUUACUGGUUUAGGUGGCAGAAACAUAUAAUAUUGGCGAACAUUCAUAAAAUAAUUAAGGCUUACCAACGAAGCAUAAUAAAAUUGCCAGUAACCAAAGGUCUCUGA